AUAGUAUAUUCGAUGUACACAUAUAUACUCGUUCCAAGAUGAACGAACUCGCACCGCUUUAGAGCGAUCAGCUGUUCUCGGCGCAAAUAAUGUCAAUUGACGACGCUACACCGGCUUGUAAAUUUAUCGGAUGAAUUUAUUCUUGACGGUGCGUCGUGGUUUUUUGUGUGGAGAAGGUUUUUGAGAGGUUCGAUUGAUAAGUACUCACCGGGAAAAAUGUCUGUCAAGAAAAUGAAGAUGAAGAGAGCCAGGAUGUCGAGCGAGGGAUCUCAUAGUAGCUCUAUGAGCUCGUCCAUGAGUUCUUCCUCUUCUUCUGAUGAGGAAACUGAUGCAAAGGAUUUGAAACCCAUCAAGGAGUAUUUAUCUAAUCGGAAAGAACUUGCUGCACAGCUUUUCAAAUCUGUAAAAGCAGAGAAAAUUCGUAUGAUGUUGCCGCAGAUUUUGAAGAAAGUGGAGUUUAGCGACUUGGAGGAACUGUGCGCUGCAGAAUUGACUGGUAUGUCUAAACAAAGGAUUAUAAGCAUUCUCAAUGGUCAAGAAAUGCAGGGAUCUUCUAACACUGAAGAUUCUGAUGAUUCAGGUCCUUCUCUGGAAAUCAUUUCCGACACGGAAUGGCUAAGUGAAGAUGAAACUAAUGUCAAAGUAGAGGGUGUAAAGAAUAACAAAAAUGCUAAAAAGUUGAAGAAAAAAUCUCAAGAUCAGAAAAAAGCAGAUCUGAAGUCCAAAUUGAAACCCAAAGGCAAGGGUUCAAAUGUUAAAAUAAAAACAGAAAAAAUCAAGACUGAAAAGAAAGAGAAAGAAAAAGUGAAGGAAAAAGAAGGCGAAAGUCUUUUGGACUUAUUGGAACUUGAAAUGAGAGCAAGAGCAAUUAGGGCACUCAUUCGAAAAGAAGAAAGCACUCCUGAUUCAAAAGCAACUAAUGCACAAUCUAACAAUCUCACUAAUAAUGCCUCGGGAUCUGAAACUUCUAAUGAUGCAAAGUCUCGACAAGUAAGCCUCAAAGAGCAACUUGAGAAAAUUGAUGUUCUGAUGAAGCAUGGGGAAGAUGAAGAUGUCUAUGUUGUUAUCAAUCCAGCUCCGACUAUAGAACUGCUUUCGAGUGAAAGUGAGAAUGAAGAUGGUAGUAAACGAGUUAAUAAAAGACUUGUGAGUGAACGUGAAGCUAAGAGUCAAAAGAAUCAAGAAAAUGAGCAAGCUGAAAAGGCUAAAAAUGUUAAUGUAAAUGAAGACAAAGUUACCACAAAUGGCAAGGAUGCAAUUGAAGAAAAUAGUCUGAAUAAAGAAAAAGAUAAACCAGUUCAAGAAAAGAAGGAAAGUAAAGAAAAAGAUAAAAGUGCCAAUGAUAAACAAACAGCAAAUCAAAAAGAAAAUUCGAACUUGCCAAUGAGUGUAACGGAAGAAAAUACAUGCAUUACUUCAACAAAUCCAAGCAUACCACCAGAGGAACUAGAGGAAGGUGAAAUUAUUGAUAAUGAUGAUGAAGAACCAGCCAAUGAAGAAAAAAAAAUUGGUGAUGAUUCUCCUUCUAGAAGAAUAAUAAAAAAAGUCAAGAAAAAUCCUAAUAUUCGAUCUAGAAAAGCAAAUCAAGAAAAUGAUGACAGUGACAUGGAAUCCAAUAAAGAGAAAGCUACAGAAAAAGAACGAGCUGAUUCCAAAAAGGACAAAAGCAGUAGUAAAACAGUAAAACCACUUGUUUCAGAGGAACCAAUCGAGAUUGAAGAUUCUCCUACAAGAACAAAUGAGACAGAAAAAAUUGUUAGUUCUAAUGUAGUCAAUGAAGACAGUAAUUCUAAAUUAGAUAUUUUUGAUGACAAAGCCCUUGAUAUAGAUGAAAUAAUUAAUUUGGAUGACUAUCCUGAUGACAUGGAUGAUUUGGAAAGAAGUCAAGCCAAUCAAGAAAAGAACGAAUCUACUAAAGAAGCUGAUUCCAGUGUCAAAGAAUCUGAUAAAGUCAUAACUAAAAAGACAGGUUCUGAAACUUGGGCAUCUCGCUAUUAUCAGCAGGAUGACGUUCAAAACGUAAUAAAGGAGUCGAAAAUACAAUCUGAAAUACGUAAACGUUUGAGAGAAAGACAAAGACAAAGCAAAUUGAACAAUUCUCCAAAGUUGAAAGAUCCAGAAGAAUCACAAAGUUCAGAAGUGGUAAUCCCAAAGCCAACAGGUUCUGUAGAAGAGUAUUUAGCUCUGAAAGGCAUUUCUAGUGGUGCAUGUAGCGAGAUUAUUGAAGGAAAGAGUGAUAGCGUUGGAUCAUUUAAAUCAUUGAAAACAGACGAUUCACAGUCAGGUGACAAUUCUACAAUAGUGAGAGACAAUUUCGCUACAAAUAGUGACAUUAUUACUGAAAACAAAGAUGAUUCAUCUGAAAUUCCUACCAGAGUUACUGAACAGCCAAUUACCAUUGUGAAAAAGCCCAAAUUAUUUGAAGAUAUAGAUUUUGCCAAAAAGGUCAAUUCACUUUUGAAUGAAAAUUCAUCUGUUGAACCUGUUAAUAGUACUCCAACUUGUCUUGAACGUAUUAAUUUAAUUUUGAGUGAUAAAAAAAUCAUUAUCAAAGAGGAUGAGCCUCUGAACAACAGAAAAAUAAUACUUAUAAAAUCACCUGAAAAAUCUGAUACGCAAAUUCAAACAACUGAAUCAGGCCAUGAUACAACUACUGCAAUGGAUGUUGAAACAACCGCGGCGAUCCAUGACGAUUCAUCUGCGAAUAAAGAAAUUGUAGAUAAUAAGAGAAGUAAAGAAUCAACUAGUUCACCUUUGAGACACGAUGUAAAUACUCCAAAGAGCGACUCAAGUGAAGACAAUGUAAUAGUGAGAAUAGACGGUACACUCCCUCAAGAAACUUUGCCAGCCGAAGAAGUGGCUGCACAAACAGAACAGACAAUAUCGAACGAUCUAGAAACUUCCGAGUUUAGGCCAGACUAACAGAAUUAUAUUUAUAAUAAUCUAACAAACUCGCCCUUCAAGAAGACUGCUUUUUACCAAGACGGAAGUUUUCACAGUCAAAUUUGUCGUGUAUGUAGGCAGCCAUCAUCCACUCAAUUUCUCGUUCGACGACUUGUACAACAUCGGUAUCCCAGGCGCUGACGAACCAUUUCAUGAUGGGGUUAGU